AAAAUCUUUUAAUAUAAGACUUUAAUUUAAUAUAAAAUUUUUAUUAUAAGUAGUUAAAUCAUUCAUUAUGGCUUCACAGAAAAAUGAAUUUUGUGAUUUAUCUGAAAUUAUUUUAAAUGAAAACACUGACAGUACUACACAAUUUCAUAAGACAUUAAAGCGACCAAAGCGUGUAUUACAUUUUUCGGAUGGUGAUUUAGAAGAAUAUUCUGAAGAUGAAACAGAUUCAAAAAGUGUAAAUAAAACACUGAACCAUAUAGAUCCAAAAUCUCUAAAUUGGUUACCUUGGGCAUGGUAUCAAACUACUUCAAUUGGUAAUAAGUUAUUAGAUGGAUGUGAUUACAUGGGUGAAUGGUUAGCUAAUUUUUUUGGUAUCACAGCACCUAAAUAUCAAUUUGAAAUCAAUGAAUUUUAUAGACUUCAAGCUCUUGAAAAUGAGAUGUUACAUAAACAAGAUUUAGAAAUGGGUGGAUGGAAUGAAAACAAUAAAAAUAAUCUUGUGAAUAAUAUACAAUAAAUUUAUAAUUUAAGUUUUAUAAUAUUCUUUCAUUAAAUUAUUAAUUUUAUAUUAAUAAAGUAUAUUUAUAAUAUAUAUUCCAUAUAUUAAAAAUAUCUAAGUUAUAGGAUUAAUUAUUAUAAUAAUUAUAUUUAUUUAUUCUAAUAUUAUACAUAAAAAAUGUCAUUUUUAAAAAUACCUAUAGUAUUUUUAUUUUUUUACAUAUAUAUUUAAUAUAGUAUAAAAAAUUUUUAAUACCAGAAUGUAUUAUAUUGGAGUAACACAAAUUAAUAUUACAAACAUUUAAAUAUAAAAAUGUUAUUUUUUUUUUUAGAAAACUUACAAUAAUAUAAAUAACAAUAUAUUGUAGCUUUUCAUUUUAUUUGAAAUUGCAUAUGAAUUAAUUUUUUUUAUUUAAUAAUAAUAUUGUUAUAAGUUGUGUAUAUAAAAGAUUUAUAUACAACAAUUUUUUUGUUCUAGAAAUAUUUAGUAUUAAAAUACUUUUAUAUAUAAGUUUGUAAUAUUAAUUCUAGUUCAGAAAUCUUAUAUAAUUAUAUUAUAUAAUGUUCUUAUACAAACUAUAUGUAAUGACUUUAAAUCAUACAUAACUAUUAAAUAUAAUUAUUUAAUAAAAUUAUAAUUUUUGUAGCUAUCACUUCAUAUUUAUAAAUUGGUUUGAAUAAUACUUUAUAUAAAUCUCUUAUUCGAUCUUGAGAAUGUUUCCUUAUUAUAUAGAAUUACUUUUAUUCAAAAAUUAAAAGUUGUUAUAAUAUGAACUAUUAUAUUAAAAAAAGAAUUCAAAUUGUAAAAAUAAAUGGAAUGAUACCAUUUUAUAUUA